AUGGCAGAUGAGAAGGAAUCUGAGAGCUCCACGAAAGGGAGCAAGAUGUCUGCCAAGCUCCCUCCGUGGCUCUUGAAGGGUCUGAAGAACGGUCGGCAGUGGAAGACUUUCAUCCGAUGUCUCGUUGCUCUGUUUGCGGCCCUCAUCCUGAUGUUGUGUAACAAGACCCUCCAAUUGCAAGGUCAAGCGGCCUUCUUCUCCCUGAUUCUCGCCAUGAUUAUCCCACCGUCGUUCGCCUUGAGCUUGUACAUUUUUGCAUUCAUGACACUAGCUAUGGGCAUGCUUUUCGGCUGGGCAUGGGGAUGUGCAUCCAUGGCAUCGGCAAUAAGAGCUAGGGAUAAAGUCCUGCUGGCUUCGCAAUACGAAAAAGUCGAGAGCGGUUUCUCGGCGGAUCAAAAUAUCGAUGCGCAGUUUCAAGAGUCCGUCUUUCGAGGAGCUUUCCUUGAUCCUCGGUCUUCAACGGUCAUGGCCGUGUUCUUCUUCGUGGGGACGUAUUUUCUUGCAUGGAUCAGAGCGACCAAACCGAGAUUGCAAGUAAUGUUGUUCUGUCUCUUUGGGACCAUAUUGCUGGAUGUCAUGUCGCUUUACGGUCCAUUAUUCCCCACUGCUCAAUACCUGCUACCGCGGAUUCUCCUUAUUCCGACAGCGUUCUACUUUGCCAUCGCUUUGGCCACUACUCUCCUUAUCUUCCCACAAUCCUUGAAUCACCAGCUCACAACAAGCAUCAUCGACACCACUCUCAGACCUAUUCUCUCUCAGCUGAAAUUGCAGGACGAAGUGCUCAAAGGAGAUCCAGGACAUUCCGCUCAUAUCCGGGAGCAAGCUGAAAAGGCUCGUGGGAUCCGACGCGGCAUCGUCGCAGCGAUCGGUGGACUCCAAGGUCAAAUGGCCAUGCUUCAGCUUGAAGUGACACGAGGUCAAAUUAGCGGUGCAAAUCUCGCCAAAACGUUUGACAAAGUCAAGCAGGUAGGAGGUACAUCUCAUGUCCUCGCGAGCUUCAUUAUACUCCUGGAGCAAGACUUAUCCACGCGAGAGCAUGUGGAUAAACAUGGAGGGAUAGCCCUCAAAUCGCGGAUGCAAGGUAUCGAGAAGCACCGAAAGCAAGGCACUUCACUGCAGGAUCUCUUCCCUAUUCUCGAAUCGAGCACUCGCGACUUACGACAAGCCAUUGAAAACGGAAUCUCAGGGACGAUUGAUUGGCUGAACAUUAUCAAUCACUCGAGAUGGAAGGCUGCCCCUAAAGAUGCUACCGACAUGGCCUCUCGCCAGGCUACCUUGGAUCAUCUUCGCGAAACGCUUGCCGAGUAUCGCAAGAGCAAGUCAUUCGAGCUACUGGAGCAGGUCAAAGACCUCUUUGAUCCCUCGGGCGAUCUUAAACCUGGUCAGACGCACAUUCUUCGUUCGUCCUCCUUCGCUUUGUUCCGCUGCCACGUUUUCACCACCGCCUUGAUCUCAUUCGGUAUCAUGACGGUGGAACUGCUAGAGUUCUUGCUUGACGUCGAAAAGUCAAACCCUCGAGCCCGGAUCCAAUGGCCUGCAGCCUUCGCCAAGAUGUUGGCUAGCGCUGCCAAUGACCGCGAGGCUUCAAAUCCACUACAACUCGGUACAGACAACGAGGACGACACCGGUAGUGAGCUCACCCUUGUGGACAAGCCGGACAAGCCGAAGCGUACAUGGCCAAAAGAUGCCGAUGCUGAAGAUCCCCGUAAUGGAUUUCAACGGUUUGGCAGAUCGGCUUCAGCUUUUGGCAAACGCCUCAUUUCCCCUCAAGGAUUAUUUGCCCUCAAGUACGCGAUUAUCAGUGUGGCCUUGCAAGUUCCUUUCUUAUGCCACAACUCUGCCUUUUUUGUCUACUCUGAGAAAGGUCUAUGGGCAGUUAUCAUGGCUCAGAUGGGUCUUGGUGUGUAUCCCGGUGAACAGAUUGCAGGAUUUGUGGCCAGAGUGAUCGGUACAGCAGGUGGAUUGAUCAACGGAAUGGUCAUCUGGUACAUCGGUGCUCCGGGAAAAGGUCAUGGAAAUCCCUAUGGUAUCGCAGCGGCGACCAUGGUUUUUGUCUCGCCAUUCAUGUUCAUUCGCCUCGUCUGUCCCCCUCAGUCGAUGGCUAUAUGGCUCAUGAUCGCUGUGAUGAGCGUAUUUGUGGUCGGGUACUCCUGGGUUGACGAGCACGUCGUUCAAGUCGCAAACUCUGGGGCUGGUGCCGCUUUGGCAGGACGAAGAGCUCUCUUGGUUCUCAUUGGAUUCGCUGCUGCAUUCAUCAUCAUGCUGUUCCCUCGACCUCUUUCGGCGAAGCGAGAUGUCCGUUUGACCCUCGCGCGGUGUAUAUCGAGUACAUCGGACCUGUACUCGUAUAUCAUCCAGUCAAUUGAAAAUGACACGGAAGUCGAAGAUGAGUCGAGGGAAAAGGAUGUCGUUAUGAAAAGGAUCGAUAGGAUUAGAGGCCAAUUCGUUGGCGUCAUGGGCCAGCUCAGUGUGAUUGAGCAAAAGAUUGCCUUCGCUUCGUUUGAGCCUGGUGUACGCGGGCCGUGGCCGAAGAAGCGAUAUGAAGCCAUAUUCAGAGCACAAUUAGGUCUUCUCAACGCACUUGCUCUUCUCGGGUUCGCCCACGCUCGUCUGAAGCCUCAGUGGGCCAGACGGUUGGAGAGAACCAAUCUGAUGAACCCUGAUUUCAUCGCCGACUCCUUACACCAUUUCUACCUCUUACAUUCUAGCUUGGAGGCAGGCAGACCUCUUCCCGUCAACACAUCGAUCCUUGAACGUCUAGUGUACCAUUCACAGUCUUCCGAUGGAACCCGCACCAACGCUUGGAAAGGUGAUUCAGAGCCGAACUUUGAGCAAAGGGAAGAAGAUCAGGCAUUGGCGGCUUUGGGCCAAAAAUUGACAUGGAAUCUAUGUCAUGAUGAGCAAAUGUCCAUUUUCGCAGCGACAACGGUGGCGAUGACCUAUGUCGCGAGUGGUUUGGAAGAGCUGACGAGGGAGAUUGCAGAUUUAGUAGGCGAGACGAGUCUGGCAGGGCUCGACAGGGCGAGAGAGAGGAGAGCGUGA